AUGAAUGAUUCACUCAUGAAGAAUACAUCUUUGUUCUACGGCAUACCUCUCAAGGAUCUGACUCCUGAAAAUGUGGAAAUUGAUGAGGAAUGCAGAUACAGUCGUCGAACCAUGUACAGAAUCAGAGAUACUAUUCCUAUAUCUAUUUCAAGAUCACUGUUUGGUUUACUAGAGCGAUAUCGCAUCAACUCGCGCGAUUUUAAAGAACGCAAUAAAGAGAGCGAGCGUAUGAAGGAAAUGCGAAGAAAAGAAAUCCGAGGUGAACGCUUACGAAAGAAGUUAAAAUCAAAAGUAGAGGAAGGUCCUGUAAAAGAAAGCAAAAAUAUAGAGAGUAAUUUCAAUGACUGCGAUCCUAUUCGCCCGCAAGAGUGGACCCCUGAGGAAGACUGGGUACCGCCAGUUGAAAAUGAGGAUGUCGAUGAUCCACCCACAUAUGUGGAGGACUCAUUUCUUGAUGUCACCUUUGAUCCUGCAGAGGUAAUUGAGCCGGCUGAGAAUGGACUAGAAGCAGAGGAUACCAGUCUGCAACAACAAAGUAAGGAAGAUCAGCCAAAGUCGCUUAUCUGCUACGAGGAUUUCUUCAUU